UCCUGUUUGCUCGGUGACGCGUGCAGAGGUCUCAGCGCAUCUUUCCAGGUGGCCAGGCCGGCUCCACGCACCAGGCAAUCCCCCGCUUGGAGCAAUGCCGAGCUGCUGGACCUCAUCAGCGUCUGGGGAGAGGAGGCCGUGCAGUCCCAGCUGCGCUCCAGCCGUAGGAAUUAUGAUACCUACGGACGGAUUUCACAGUGCAUGACAGAAAGGGGCCGUGACCGGGACACACGGCAGUGCAGGGUCAAAGUGAAGGAGCUGCGGAGCGCCCACCACAAGGCGCGGGAGGCAAAUCGCCGCUCCGGUGCUACGCCCACGAGCUGCCGGUUCUACAAAGAGCUGGACACGAUACUCGGCGGCGACCCCACCUCCACUGUGAAGGCCACUGUGGAUACUUUGGUGGUUCGCGUGCCAGUCGAGAGCGGACCGAGCCAGGAGGAGGAAGUCUUGGACGAGGCUGUGGAGGGGGAGGGGGACCCAGAGGCAGAGGACGACUCGGAGGUCAGAGAUGCAUGCAGCCAGGAGCUCUUCUCUACCCAGGAGGAGGCUAGCCAGGCACAGCUGUUGGAGCUUGGCGAAGCACAAACAGGGGAGGAGACCCCUGAGAUGACCUUGGGAGCCCAGCCUCCCUCUUUGUUAUCGGCAGCUGAACGGCUGCACAGAAUAAGAAAGUGGCCACGAAGAACUAAAGAGGACUUUCUGUGUGAUGUCACGAUGCACUUUGCCGCCAAAAACAAGAAUUGGAGGAGUGGCGGGACAGCGAGAAGAGGGACCGAAAGGAGAACACGGCGCGCCAGAAUGAAGCCACGGAGCGGCUCUUAAACGUUACAGAGCGCCAAGCGGACACGCUCCAGCAAACCGAGCAGCUCCGCGCCCCCCCUCCCCUGCAGCCGCUGUUGCAAAACUCUUUCCCAUGCGCCCCCCUCCAUCUCCCCCCCCCCACACACACACACACAGCGCCAACACACUCUGGUCUGUACCUGCAGCCUUCCACUCCUGCCCCGACACAAUCCAGCCCUGCGGACUCCCAGUACCCACUGCACUCAACACCCGUCCCUCUGCAGUUUAGCCCUGCUGAAGUACCGUACCCACUGCAUUGUACUCCAGAGGACAAGGCUGCAUAUGAUUCCUGGACAUACACAAAUCUUUAACGGUCCCGGGACCCCACCUCCUCCUGGGACCCUCCCUUCCCCCAUCCCCCGCAGUGGUGAUGUGAUUUUUUGUUUGUCUGUCUCCUCCUGUUGUUGUUUUUUAAUAAAAGAAUUGUUUUGGGUUGAAAGAAAUCUUUAUUCCAUUAAUUGAAAGCAAACAGAGCCCUGCAAAACAACAGGCAAUUGUCUUAAACCUUCACAGUGCAUUGUCUGCACCAAUCACAAUCACCUCCUAGCAUGACAAGCACUGCAUUCCUGAGCAUAGCAACACAUAUUAGUGGCUUUCAGCUUCAUAUUGUUGCCUCAAAACAUCCCUGAUCCUUAUGGCCCCAUGCUGCACCCCUCUAAUAGCCCUGGUCUCUGGCUCUUCAAAUUCAGCCUCCAGGUGCUGAGCGUCUGUGGUCCAGCCCUGCAUGAAGCUUUUACCCUUCCCUUCACAAAUAUUAUGGAGUGUACAGCACACAGCUAUAAGCAUAGGAAUAUUGUCAUUGGCCAGGUCCAGCCUCCCAUAUAGGCAGUGCCAGCGGGUCUUUAAACGGACAAAAGCACACUCAACAGUCGUUCUGCACUUGCUCAGCCUGUUGUCAAACCGCUCCUUGCUGCUAUCAAGGUGCCCUGUGUAUGGCUUCAUGAGCCACGGCAUUAAGGGGUAGGUGGGGUCUCCCAAGAUCACAAUGGGCAUUUUGACUUCCCCUACGGUGAUCUUCUGGUCCGGGAAGAAAGUCCCGGCUUGCAGCUUCCUGAACAGGCCAGUGUCCCGAAAGAUGCAUGUGUCAUGCACCUUUCCAGACCAGCCUGCCUUAAUGUCUGAAACACCCACGGUGAUCCACAUGUGCCUGGAGAACCACAGAGAAAUACUCUUUCAAAUUAAUGUCCUCGGUGGCUAGGUGGUCUGGUGCCAGAAUUGGAAUAUGCAUGCCAUCUAUCGCCCAUCUGCAGUUAGGGAAGCCCAUUUGUGCAAAGCCACCCACAAUCUCAUGCACGUUGCUCAGAGUCA